UUGUCGUCGGGUCGGCCCGCAAGGAAGGGGUCUUUGUUUGCGUUUCACGUUCGCGUCGCACGGUAUCAUCUGCGACCGCGGCUCUAUCGUAUCGUUACCGAGACGGAAUGUGCCCGCAUAAGUGGAAGCGUGGGUCUCGCUCCUCCCGGUCGAUGUGAAAUGUGGUGCAGUGUGCCAGAGUGGCGCCGUCAUCGAGUGCAAGUGCAGUGAGGUGCAGUGGUGUGUGCGAGCGCGCGUGGGUCGACUCGGCCACGGCGAGCGAGGUGCGCGGAGUUGGCGGCGGCCGCGCGGCCAUGACCGGCGACAUGCCUCUAGGGAGCGCGCACGCGUUCGGGCGCGCGUUGCUCCGGGACGGGGCGCUGCCGCCGCUGGAGCCCGGCCCGCCCGCGCCGCCAGCCAACAACGCGCAGCCGCCCGACAAGCGGCCACCCGCCGCGGCGGCCAGCCCCGAGCAGGUCAUGAAGCUCUACAUGAGCAAGCUCACCCCAUACGAACACCGUGAGAUAUUCGACUACCCCCAAGUGUACUUUAUAGGCGCGAACGCCAAGAAACGGCCCGGGCUGGUCGGCUUCCCGAACAAUUGCGACUACGACAACGAGCAAGGCUCGUACAUCCACAUCCCGCACGAUCACAUAGCGUACAGAUACGAGGUGCUCAAAGUGAUCGGCAAGGGGAGCUUCGGGCAGGUGGUGAAGGCGUACGACCACAAGAAGCGCGAGAACGUCGCGCUCAAGAUGGUGCGCAACGAGAAGCGCUUCCACCGCCAGGCGCAGGAGGAGAUCCGCAUCCUCGAGCACCUGCGCGAGCAAGACAAGGACAACACGAUGAACGUGAUCCACAUGUUCGACUCGUUCACCUUCAGGAACCACACAUGCAUCACAUUCGAGUUGCUGUCGAUCAACUUGUACGAGCUGAUCAAGAAGAACAAGUUCCAAGGGUUCUCGCUGCAGCUCGUCCGCAAGUUUUCGCACAGCUUGCUGCAGUGCCUGCACGCGCUGAACAAGAACCGGAUCAUCCACUGCGACAUGAAGCCGGAGAACGUACUGCUCAAGCAACAGGGACGCUCCGGAAUCAAGGUGAUAGACUUCGGCAGCUCGUGCUACGAGCACCAACGAGUGUACACAUACAUCCAGUCGAGGUUCUACAGGGCGCCCGAGGUGAUGAUGGGCGCUAGGUACGGCAUGCCCAUCGACAUGUGGUCGCUAGGCUGUAUAUUGGCUGAGCUACUUACAGGGUUCCCAUUACUCCCAGGCGAGGAUGAAGCGGACCAAAUGGCGUGCAUCAUCGAGCUCCUGGGCAUGCCUCCUCAGAAGCUGAUCGAACAGGGCAAGAGGUCCAAGAACUUCAUCAGCAGCAAGGGCCUUCCACGGUAUUGCACGGCCACCACACUAGCUGAUGGCACUACCGUUCUUAGCGGAGGAAUGUCGAGAAGAGGCAAGCCUAGGGGUCCGCCAGGGUCCAAAAGUUUUGUCACAGCUCUCAAAGGCUGUCAAGACAAAUUCUUCAUUGAUUUUAUUAGAAGGUGUCUAGAAUGGGACCCCGAAAAACGUCUAACACCAGCCCAAGCGUUACGGCACGCGUGGCUGCGCCGGCGCCUGCCGCGGCCGCCGCACGACGACGAGCCGGCGCCCGCGCCGCUGCCGCUGCCGCACUCGCUGCCGGCCAACCACGUUAGUAUAGCGCACCAUGCCAAGCGGCUCGCGCAUCCUAAGUGCACUGACAAAUAGCAGAUGAGCGGCGGGUGCGGGGCGGGCGCGGGCGGCUCGGGCGCGGCGCGCGGGGGCUCGCUGCGCACGCCGCUGGCGCGCACGCCUGUCACCUUCAACGCCUCGCAAGUCGCCAAAGCGAAACUUCAGGCGGCGCUGUCAGAGGAGAGCGGGGGCGGGAGCACGACGAGCGGCGUGAGCGGAGUGAGCGGCGUGAGCGCUGUGAGCGGCAGCGGCUGCGCGCGGUACUGGGCGGCCGCCAAGCUGCCGCACCUGCCCGCGCCCUCCUAGCGCCCGCCCUCCGCACGACGCCUCGCCAAGGUGUCGUCCCUGGAGGCGCCGCGGCGGCUGGGCGGCGCGGGCGGGCGGCUGGAGCUGGAGCGGCGCUCGCUGGACCUGGAGCGCGAGCUGCGGCCGGACCGCGACUCCGACGUGUCGCUCGACGACCGCGACCACCUCGUCUGACGCCCCUAUUGAUCUCAGUAACUCUAUGACUAAACGUGUAGUGGAAUUGUGACAGUACCCCCGGUUUUCUAUAUAUUGACGUGAACGGGUGUGUCGGUGUUAGUGCCUGUGAGUCUCGUUAGCAGUCGACGCGAAACGGCGCCGUCUCGCACAAAAUUCCCUCGAAACCCUAGAUUAAGCGAACAUGUGUGACUAAAAUAAUUUAACAAUUUUCUACAGAAUCAAAUGUUCAUUCAUUUUAAUUUUUGAAUAAUUCGAUGUUAAGUUACAUUUUGUGUAAUUAGUUAAUUUGUCUCAAGUGAUAUAAUGAAGCUGUAUUCGUAACGAAAUGGUGACCUUAUAAUCGGAAUUCUUAAAGGAUAUAAGGGUAGUUAGUUACAAGGCCUUUGAAACUAGGUUAAGAAGCUAAGCUACGCGAUUUAUUUGUCGAUUAGCGUAGUGGAUGUUGUGAUUCAUUCAUAUGAUUUUACAUAAUGAUUUGUAAAGCGCUUAUGUACUCGUACCGGUAGAAAUAUAUAAUAUUGUAUCUUGGGCCAUACAUAUGGAAAGUUACAUUUAUUAUAUAGCGCAUGUUAAGUACAUUUUACAGCAUUUUAUUUUACUACUUUUAAACAGAUGUUUUUCAUAUAUUUUUGUCGUGGAAAGUAUGUCAAACAUAUCAGUCGAGCAUUUGUCACUUCUGCCGAUGUGGUUAAGAAAUCGAGGUAACUAGUCGGCCACUGAACCUAGUCCAAACUAUAUGUAAGGUUUAGGUUUUACGUUAGUCUGUAAGAAUUGAUUCAAUUAUGUUGUGGAGCGAUUCUUGCGAUGUGACGAUUGCUUACCUCGACGAAGCCGAACAAAGUUAUAUAACUUCAUCUUUCGCAUUACGCUAGUAAUUUAGUUUAAUGGACUACUUAAAUAAACCUCUAUGAACAAACUAAAUAACCAUUUAACUAAAUCACCAGCAAAUUGUGAAGAAAUCUUAUGUCUCAUUUACAUUAGGUACACGAUCCAUAUCGGCGCCUUUUUGAGGGCGCCAAGUUUUGGCGACUGUUUAAGUCGGCGCCUUCGACUUAAUAUAAAUGAGGCACUUAGAGAUCGCUCAAGUUGACUGUGGUUAGCGUGCCGUGUUACGCAUCCAAUGGAGACUGAUAUACUUCAACGGAUCGUAGAACUGUUAACCACGUCUAUCUGAGCGAUUUUAGGGAAUCCUGUAUUUGAUACAUCUAGUGCAAUAUGUUUGACAUAAAAGUUUAAUUUCGUCUUCCUCAUAUUAUAUUGUAUUUGUAACAAUUUACAAAGGGCCUAUGAUGUUUAUUCGAUUAACAUGCAUUUUUAUUUUUUUCGAAUUAGUUUAUAGAACUUCUUAUAUGUAGACACUUGUAAUAUGCUUACAAAUGAAUUGUAUUAUUUCGAUUUUGUGGGAAUGUAGUAAGAGCAAGCACUUAUGCAACUUUAUUUAUAUAGUAAUAAUAUUAUGUGUGAAAAUAAUUUACCCUAUUAUAAUGAAUUACGUAUUUGAUAUAUUAAUUUCCCACAAUGUUGUAAUAACGUAAUGUACAAAGUUUUGGAAAUAUUUUAACCUUUGAUACCCUAUUUAAUGAGCAGGAUAAUUCCUGUGUAUUUUAUAUGUAUAGAAAACGACCAAUUGAGCGAAGGGUUCUAUAUUUACGCGGCGGAACCCUAAUUGUUAAAGUUCCGUACGUGCUUGCUUCCCGAAUGUAUUUUAUCAUUUGACCUAUCUCACUAUACUCAAUAUAGCAUUUUUAUUUCAAUUAUAUUGUGUUUAAGUUGACUGCCGUUUUCUUAUAAUUAUGCUCAAUGAUAGUUUAAUGUCUUAUUACUCUGGAUUGUCUAAUCUAGACAUUAAUACAAUUGUGCGAUGACCUUAGUUUAUUAUUUGUGACGUGAAGAUACAUAAUAUUGUAUGUUACGAUUAGCAAAACUGCAGUUUGUAGCUUAUUCUACCCGAGUUGGUGUCGUGUUUGCUUAUUCAGCUUCGAGUCUAUGUACAGCAGUGUUCUGUUUACAAUCACAAUUUGUGUAUCGUCACGCGUCAAUAGCGUUUUAAGGUAUUUAGUCAAUUAUUGUAUAGCUUUUUUUUUAACUUUGGAAAGUGGGCUGAGAGUCAGCGAUCACAGCCCGCGUGUUGCCCACUUGUGCUAACGUGUGUCCGACGUGCGAGCUCCGCUUGGCAUAGAUCAGUAUUAAUCAUUAUGUUUCAACUCUCGACUCGCAACAUUACUGCCAAGUACAUAUAGUUAAAUUAAGUAUCGUUUGCUAUAACAUGAAUAUAGCAGGACUUCUAGUUACUACAAACAUUGUAAGCUUUCGUUGGAACGCAUUUCUCUUAUACCUAGUUAUUUUUUGUGAAAUAUUUUUGUUCUCAUUUUAUAUGUAAAAGCUGGUGUUUCACCUUGAAACUCGUAACUACAAUGUGAAUAUAAAAUAAAUGAGUUAUACAAAUAAA